CCUGUUCCGAUCAUGAAUGCAAUGAACACACGACGCCUGUUCAACUCCAUGUCUGGGGUCUCAACAUGAAGUAUUUCCUUUUCCCCCGUAAAUUUUGACCUAUACUGACUGUCUUUCAGUGUCGUAAAGGAAAUAAAUAGAAUAAACGACGCCGAACUCAAACUUGGUACCUCCGCAUCAUGGCACGACGAAUAUAAAGAUUCGGCGCGCAUUUUCGUUGGUGGACUCAAUGUAGAACUCACAGAAGGGGAUGUCAUUGCGAUAUUUUCACAGUACGGUGAAAUAAUGGACAUCAACAUGCCGCGAGAAAAGGAAACUGGAAAGCCAAAAGGAUUCGCGUUUCUCAUGUAUGAGGAUCAACGAUCAACCAUCCUGGCGGUUGAUAACAUGAAUGGUGCAAAGGUUCUGGAGAGGACUCUGCGUGUUGACCACGUCAAGAAUUACCGACAACCAAAAUCAAAAGGCGAAGACGGAGAAUGGAUCGAACCUGAAGAAGAGACUUUCAACGCUAGGCCUGAAGUGGUUCAAGACGAGGAUCCUGGUUCAGAGUCAUCCGAAUCAUCGGGUCCAGAGAUUGACCCGGAAGACCCCAUGCGAGACUACUUGAUUCAGAAAAGACGAGAGGAAAAGGCACUCAAGACGAAGAAGAAGUCUAAAUCAAAAGGAAAGCACAAGGACGAGACACCUGAAGAACGACGAGUGCGGAAGGAGAGAAAGCGAGAGAAGAAGGAGAGGAAGAAAUUGAAGAAAUCGGAGGGUGUGAAAGGUGUCGAGGCUUUACUGGAAUCUCUGGGAGGACGUAAUGAUAAGCGGAGUUCCGCACAGUCGCGCUCACCGCCGCGAAGAGACCCUCGCAGUACGUCCCCUCCGAGGAGAGGCUUUCGCCCACGUUCCAGGUCACCUCCAAGAAGAGACCACCAUUCGCGCUCCAGGUCGCCUGUGAGACGACAAGGAGGUUCACAGUUGGAUUACGGCGGACUUGCAGACGAUCAUAGAGAUAGACGUUCCCACAGAAGAACGAAGGAUUGAUCGAAUGCGAAAUAAGAUGUAGAAUGGCGAGGUGAUGUAUAGUUUGAAUAACGAUCGGCCUACAAUGAACGUCGGCUUGUAGUGCGACUGAACCAGAAUCACCGAUGUUGGCUUAAGCUAUCAUAGCCAUGGGUCAUUCAAUUGCAACUUGGACUCGAAGGCUUCAGCUCACAAAUCGGCUACUACCUAUUGUAAGCCUUUUCCCCACCGUUCACAUUACUCUAUUGGUUCUAGACGAUCUGUAAACCACUUUCGCCGCAUCGAUCAAUAUCGCAAAGCCUCGCGACCACCAAUCUUAACCUCAUCCAAAAAAUCAUCAUGAAUAACGUUUCGGUGAAACUGGGAAUGAUGAUGGGCGUUGAACACGAAAUCUAUAUUCCUGCAGGCUCUGCAAUCAAUUGACUUGACUCACUUAUUCGGGGCUCGGUCAACGUUCGUUAAUUGUGGAAUGUGAUCUUCACCGACAGAGUAAGAACUUCUCAACGCGCACAAGCGAGUCAAAUGCGGCCGGAAAAUGGAUGGACUUGGACAGAAGGUGAAUCAAAAUUCGAUUGUAAACAGACAAAUGUACCUGCCCCAUGAUAUCGACCUAGAAAGAGAUCAAGCUAGGCCUGCCGCGCCUGUAAUCCUCCACGGCGAGAUCCUGGA